AUGAUUAUAAGGCUAUACCAACGCUUCUCCAAGUUGAGUCACAUUUACCUUCCCCCAUGGAUCCUUCAAAUCGGUCGCUUUCGAAUUCUCGUUAUAGGAAGAGCAAAUGCAGGAAAAACCACCAUCCUGCAGAGAGUUUGUAAGACACGGGACAAUCCCGAAAUACACAACAGCGCCGGGGAAAAGGUGGACAUCACAAUGCUACGUGGACUGCACGAUAUCGAGAACGAAACGGUGUUUCGAAGCAACCCAGGCUUCGUUUUUCACGAUUCCCGCGGUUUUGAGGCAGGCGGACCGUUCUAA